CUGACUUUAAAAAAAAGUACACAACUCCUGUAGAUUUAAAAAUAAUAAUACGAAUAAUAAUAGCACUAAGGGCAAAAAGGUAUGCUACCUUCAGCAUGCCUCAAUAGAGUUAUACACUCACGUACUGUAUAUUUUUGUUUAAUUCAUUAGUACUAAAAGCUCCUAAUAGCCCCAGCUACUCUAAUAACAAACUCCUGUGUGAAAUAGUCCUGCUGCCAGCUCAGUGCUGCUUUCUAAGUGUAGCAGUGACGGGCUUGUAAUUUGAGAGCAGGAGCAGGGGGAUCAUUAGCCUAAACCUAGUGCUGUCUCGGAGAACCAGAUGUGCAGACACUCAGAGCGAGCACGAACUGCUCGCGUAUCAUCUCAGCUUUGAUGAAUUCUCACUGUAGCAUGUAGGCACCAAGUCAAAAUCUAUUAAGGGGCGAGCUUAACGGGACAUAGGCUACAAGCAGCACGUUUGUGCACGCGCUUUCAGAUCAGAGACUACUCGCAUGCAGCGGGUCUGGAUAUAUGACUGUCAGAAUGCUUGUCAUACAAGACAAACAUCAGGCUGCAAGCAAACCCUAACGGAAACUCUUAAAGAUCGAUGGACUUGUUUUUUUUUUUUUUUUUUUUUUGCUGAAUGAAGAAAUUGAAUAAAGAUGCUGUCUGUUGAAUUACUCGCGGCGGUUUGUCUGGUUUAUCUCCGCCUCGGAGCGGCGUAUUUAGGUCCACUGUACCCGGAGAUGUCCAACGGUACCUUCCAUCACUACUUCGUUCCGGACGGCUACUACGAGGAAAACGACGACCCCGAGCAUUGCCAGAUGCUCUUCCGGGUGAAGGAUGAGACCCGCUGCGUUCUGGAGGAAGACAGCGACGCGGUGAUCCGUGACGACUUCACUAUCCUCAGGCGUCACGUGGAGGACGCGGCGCGCGUGCUCGAGGGCAUCGGCCGGAGCGUGGCGCUCGACCUGGACGGUGAGGAAAGCUACGGCGAGUUCCUGCGGCGUGAGAGCGUGCAGAUCGGCGAGGCCUUCGCCAGCUCGGAGAAGUCGCUGCUCGAGCUCGAGGUUAAGUUCAAGCAGAGCCAGGACCAUGACGUGCGCGACGAGCACCGAGUCAGCGACGACUUCCUCGCCAUGGUGGCGCACGCGCGCGACGCGACGCGCGACACGCUGGACGUGGCGCUCGCGCUCAAGGACAAGCACGAGCUGCUGUCGCUCAUAAUCCGCAGCCACGGCACGCGCUUGAGCCGCCUCAAAAACGAGUACCUAAAGGUGUGAACGCACGCGCGAGCUGUCUUUAGGCGGGGAAAUAAUGCAAAGUUCUUGACUUGGGCAUUUUGGCUAACACAAUGCAGCUAUUUUGUGCAAUAACUAAGAAGGCAGUUUUCAUUUAGAAUAUAGAUGAGCUGCAGCACACUUGACAGGAUUUAACAAAUUCCUUCUUGUCUAUCUAUUAAAGGAUCAUACGAUACUCAGGCAUUGUGACAAUAAAUAGAACCAGGGUUUAAACACCUGUUCCAUCAUUUAGAUGAUGUGCAGGUAUUUAUAUGCACCGGUGAUAGUAGUGUUUUGUUUUUUUUCUUUUGCUAGUCCAAGUGAUUUUAGUCAUUACUUGAAUAUGCAAUUAUUCUGCAAAAAAAAAAAAAACAAAUUUCAACAGAAUAAUAGUUUUUUGUUGUUGUUGUACAUUGCACAUCUUAUCUAAAAAUUCAUAUUCAUAUUUAGUUCCUCAACAUGCCCAGAUAAAUCCCCAGUGUUGAAUUCUCACCUGCAGUGUUCACUCGUCCAGCUGGGUUGAACACAGUGGGUGUUAAUUUAGCACAGAGGACUUUUCUGUAUAUUUGCAACAGUUAAACAUGCUGACUAACCUCCUGAAGUACACACUGCUUAAUUAUAUUAUGUAAAAUAGCGUUUUAAUAUUAUUAUGAAAAGGAGGAGAGAAUAUAUUUGUAAAAGCUUUUGUUAAAUGGAAACUUUUUUUUUUUACUGUUAAUAUGAGCUUUGAAAAUGGUAUACUGUGAGUGUCUAUAUUCUUCAUGCAAAAACAGGCUACAUUGUAAGGUCUUCAUGUCAGCAGAUUUUGCAGUAUGAAUAUAUUUGUGCAAUUAUUCAUUGAAAGGAAAAAAAAAACAAGACUGAGAUGACUUAUCCUCUGACCAACCAAGAUAACUGCGGGCAGGAAUAUUGGACUUCAAAGCUUCUACCAUGUGUAGUUGCAUUCCUGAGAAGCUGUUUAUUCCACUUUGUAAUUAAAAAAAAUAACUUUCAA